AUGGGUCCCCCCUUCCUUUCUUUUCUACUUAUGGUUGUUGUGAUCUCAGUAGCGCUGUAUGCAAAAUUUGAGUGUAUCAGAUUCAUAGAUGGUUUUUCAUUGCCCCCGCCUUCUCCGGCACCAUUUCUCACUCCCCGAACAGAGAGACGGUCAUUGGAUCUCAGAUGGGCUGAUGGGAGCUCACCUGCAAUCCAGUUUGAUAAAGAUAAAGAAGUUAAUGUCCAAGUAGUUCUCAGAUGCAGGCCAUUAAGUGAUGAAGAACAAAGAUUGAAUGUUCAGAAAGCAAUAUCCUGCAUUGAACAAAAGAAAGAAGUCAUUGUCUUUCAGAAUUCAGCUAAUAAGCAAGUGGAAAAGACGUUCUUGUUUGAUAAGGUAUUUGGGCCCAAGGCACAACAAAGAUCAAUAUACGACUAUGCUAUCUCACCCUUUGUCAAGGAUGUCCUUGAGGGUUACAACUGCACAGUCUUUGCCUAUGGGCAGACAGGCACAGGCAAAACUUACACAAUGGAGGGAGAAAUGAAAUUUAAGGGUGGAGACUUCUCUGGAGAUGCUGGUGUUAUCCCUAGAGCCGUGCGCCAUAUUUUUGAUGCGCUAGAAUCACAGAAGUCUGAUUAUAGUAUGAAAGUAACUUUCCUGGAGCUGUACAAUGAAGAAAUAACUGAUCUGUUAGUAUCUGAAGAGCAUUCUAGAACUAUGGAUGAGAAACAAAGGAGGCCAAUAUCUCUGAUGGAAGAUGGCAAGGGUGGGGCCAUAAUUAGAGGACUUCAGGAGGAGGUUGUAUACAGUGCCAAUGAUAUAUUCAAUCUGUUAGAGCGUGGAUCAGCAAAGAGACGCAUAACUGACACUAUGCUGAACAAGCAAAGCAGCCGAUCUCAUUCCAUCUUUUCUAUAACAAUCCAUGUGAAAGAAGUGACACUAGGAAAUGAAGAGCUCAUAAAAUGUGGUCGGUUGAACCUGGUUGAUCUGGCUGGAUCAGAGAAUAUAUCCAAAUCCGGCGUGAGAGAGGUUCGAGCUAGGGAAGCAGGAGAAAUGAACAAGAGUUUGCUAACACUUGGUCGUGUAAUAACUGCACUUGUGGAACAUUCUGGUCAUGUUCCAUACAGAGACAGCAAGCUAACAAGACUGUUGAGAGAUUCUUUGGGAGGGAAAUCGAAAACCUGCAUAAUAGCAACUAUAUCUCCAUCUGUCCUUUGUUUAGAAGAAACAAUGAGCACACUUGAUUAUGCAUAUCGUGCUAAAAGCAUCAGAAACAAACCAGAGGCCAACCGAAAGGUAUCCAAGUCUGUGCUUCUCAAAGAUCUGUACUCGGAAAUUGAGAGGAUGAAACAAGAUGUAAGAGCUGCUAGAGAAAAGAAUGGUGUCUACAUUCCCCCUGAAAGGUUUGCUCGGGAUGAAGCAGAAAGGAAGGCCAUGAGUGAAAAGAUUGAACAGAUGGAAUCCAAUGUUGAUCUCCUUAGAAAGGAAGCCUUGAAAUUCCAAGAACUUUACCAAGCAGAACAAGAACACAACUUGGAUAUGGAAAGUGAGAUCCAGAAGUGUAAGGAAAGUUCAGAAAAAAGUAAGAAAACCUUGCAAGAUCUUCAAGGAGUGUAUAACACGACUAACUUGAUGCUAAAGGAGAAGGAAUUUAUCAUAUCAAAUUUAUUACAAUCAGAGAAUGCCAUUCUUCAACGUGCAAAACAAAUGCAUAGCAACCUGGAAAGUGCUUCAGAAGACAUGUCUCUACUUUUAGCAAAAACAGAACGGCAAACUAAGAUUGAGACAGAAAAUCAGGGGUUGGUUCUGAACUUUGGUUCUCACCUUGAUCAGAGCCUAAAGGACUUGCAUAAGACUGUGAUUGGGUCAGUUUGUCAACACCAGCAAGUAUUGAGAUCUAUGGAAGAGCAUUUUAACUCAUUCCUCUCUACAAAAUCAGAGGCAACCAGAAAUCUGGAGCUGCGGAUUGCUAACAUCAAAGAUGUAUAUGCUUCUGGAGUUCAAGGCAUGAGAAAGCUGGCUAAUGUACUUCACAAGAAAUCUUUGUCAGAUUUGGAACAGAUGAAAUUAUCAAUUUCAGCCCAGAUGAUUUCUGUCGAGAAUUUUCUCAUUACCGCAGUUUCAGAGGCUGAGCAGGUUCUGAGUGAUGUACAAACUUCUCUAGAAGAGCAAAAAGAAUUGUUGGCUGUUUCAGCUUGUCAACAAGAGAUGGGACUGAAACAGAGUCUUGUUUCAACACGAGUGAUCUCGAGGACCACAAUUGAUUUUUUUAAUGACUUGCAAGAAAGAGCUUCUAGGCUUGCAGCAACUGUUGAAGAAAAUCAAAUGGAAAGAUCACAUCAGUUAGAAGUUUUUGAGACCAAGUUUAAGGAAUUAUCUGCUAAGGAGGAAAAUGCUGCUCUUGAAAAGAUUGCUGGGAUAUUAAGAAACCUAACAAGCACAAAAGAUAAUAUGGUCUUGGCGGCAUUACACAACAUGAAUAAUAAAGAAUGUGGAAGAAAAAAAGAUGUUGCAGAUAGAAAUGGCUGACAUGCAGAAAGUUUCAGCUAAUGUGAAAAGCGACUUUAUUGGACAGAUCGAGAAGGUUGAAAAACAGUUUUACGAGAAUGAAACUUCAGCUGCUGUAACUAGGGCUAUGAUGGAGAACAUCAUUCA